UACUUCAGAAAGCUGGAUGGUUGAUUCAGCAUAAGCAUCGAUUCAUCUAAAGAUAACAUAUUUUUAUAAUAAACGCUCUAGGAAUCACAAAAAGAAUAUAAUUUAUGAUUUUGAUGUUUGUUAUGUUGCGUUCCGAAAAGCUAUGAUGAAUCCGAAGUUUUAUUUCAAGGAGGUUUAAUUCAACGAUUUCUUCGCAUGAUUAUCGACUUUUUGUGUGUUUUAGUAUACGUCAACCAUAGCCAGACGUCGAAAUUGACAAAACUUCCUUUCCCGGAUGAGUUAAUACUUCGACAAUUCAUAUUUAUUGAAGCCUAAUUUCAAAAUCCGUCUCACAUUGAACGUAGAGAAUAAAAAAUCGAGGAAUUUCUCGGAAGACUAAAGUGACAUUAAAUUUCGAAUCGUGCUCUCUUGUGACACCAACUUCAUUUAAGACUCUCCAUCGAGAAGAAUUAGUCAGAAGAAAGGAAAAUGGCGGCAAUAACCAACAUUCAGUACCCAUCUGCCCAGUUCAGUACCCAAAUCUUAGGAAGUUACAAUAAUUUCUUGUUUGGUGGUACAGGAGGCGACAGAGAGCAGGCGCACAAGAAGACCCUCCGCCUGACUCUACCGACGAUCGACUAUGGUGAUACCUAUAAUAGAUACAGCCUCAGGAGUAACGGAUCGGAAUUUCAAGGAACGCCUCGCAAGAUUUCCAACCAGCAUUUCAACUCAUUGUGCAGUGAAAACAUCCAAGCCCCGUUCGGCAACCAAGAUCCUCCGAAAACGGCCGAAACGAUCGGAAAGAUCUCGGAAAAUGUCCCCAUAUCGCUGCCACCGUGUAGCCUGGCAACGUCGCCAACGAAAGGCUCUACCGCCCAUAUGAUAUACAAGCAAUACAGGCAAUUGUUUGCAAGCAGAGGUGGGUCGGAGAAUACCGAGGACAGAUACGUCCAUGCCACGAAAAACAGCCGAAAGUUGCCGGACUUUCCCGGAGUCAGGGCGAGUCCUGCGCCGAUGUGCGACCGGCAAGAGGAGCAAGCCAAACGCAGAUCGGCCCGAACGACUCGGCGCGACAUCCGAUGGUACCCGAACACUUCCGAAACCAUCACGCCGAACUGGGACCGCACGUUUACAUACUCGGAUACGGACGUGACAUUUCGGGAGAGGACAACCGGAUCUCCGUCGAAAGUCAUGUCGACUGUCAUUCAACUGCCGACGAUAUUCAACGAUAAGACAACUUCAAGGGACAAGUACAUCGUGAAGUGGUUGCACUCGGUUCCGGAUAGCAAUCCGUACGCACAUAGCCGGAGUAAUAGUCGAAUGGACCGGAAACUCGGUACACCGAUGUCACUCAAGACAGUCGAUUCUUAUUUCAUUGAUACGAGUAUAAAUGCAAAGCCAUCAUCAUAUUCUCCAUGAGAUUUGAACCGGUAGGAUAAAGCAUGGACUUUAGGAUACUGCUGACUUUUUAGAGUAUAAAUCUCUGAAUAUCUUCGGCUCCCGCUGCCAUACAUUAAUAAGCGAACUCUGGCACCCUUUCAUUUUUUGUCAUCUUACUGAGGCAACCAUUGGUGCAGCUGGUUUAAAAUAACUGAGGCUCUGAAAGUACGCUUUCUUGCUCUACACAGUUAAAACGCAGUUUGGAAUUUUUACGCAACGAUGUUCAUAUAAACAAUAGUUGUUUAAAAGUUUAAAUGAAAUAUCAAAAACAAAAUUUGUUGUUGAAGAUUUAAUUGUUAAGCCGUUUAAACAACAAGACUACUUUAAAGUUCAUAAGGUAACCAUCAUUGUACAAGACAUGUACAGCGUUUUUACUAUUUAGCACCAUUCAUUUUUCUGCUCAAUUAGUCAAAAGAUUAUUACUCGUCGAAAAUUGGUUCAGUUAUGCUUCAUCUAUUCUAGGUUAUACUUUGUUGGUUUGUAGACAUGGGGCCGCCAAGGGGGGGGGGCAGUUGCCACCUCCCAAAUUUUGCAAACUUACUAUUCUCACAUAAGAAGUUUCAUCAGAGAUUAUAAUUAUGUACAGUGUGCACCAAAUUAUCAACCUUAACAUGCCCCGCAAAUCUCCCCCCCCCCAAAAAAAAAAGAAGCUUUACUAAUUAUGUGAGGGAGUGAAGUGGCCGAGUUUACUCAGGUUUUGGAACAUUCUGCGUAUGUAUGCCUACCCCACUGCAUGAGCAUGCACGGCCUUUGAUAUGCUGAUUUAGUGAGUUAGGGUUGAAGACAUGCAUGCAUCUUCAGUCAUGGGGUCUGGAGUGGGGCAGAAAAAAAUCCUGAAACGUUGCUCCACUUAAUUUGGACUGUUCUUCUUUUGAACUCUAAUUAUUGUUCAGAAUAUUCCAGCCAAUGUUGUUGCUCAUAAGUAAGCCUAUAUGGGCUAUUCAUGAAAAUGAUGGACAGAAUAAGACAAGAAGGAUGUGAGAUCUGCUAUGUUCAUGGCUAACAAUUUUGUCUCGUUAUAUUUUAUAUAGCAAUAAACACGAAGUGUACACAAAACUUAGAGGUAUUGGAUAUUAUAAAGCGAUAUGUUAUUAUCUCUAGAAUAUCAAUAAUACAUACUCAUCAUGGUAGCUAAUUAUUAAUUGUGUUCUCCUCAUUAAUUGUUUAGAAGAAGGACUGUAAAAUCAAUGCACAUUCCCUAAUGCCUAAACUUGUACUCCAUUAUUCUAUGCAAUACCAAUAUAUACUCUCUUUUUGGG